UAUGCCAAAGAGGGGAACAUGGCCAAGCCCUCUCCUCUUCCCCUUCUCUUCCUUUUUUCCAUCUUCUCCACGGCGGCGAUUGCCCUACACGUUCCGCCGCCUACUGCCGAUCCUCAAGUAAAACAUCCCCUCACUUUCUUUUUCUUCCCCUGGCAUACUCCUCCUCCGCCUCCAGAAUAUCCUCCUCCUCCUCCUCCUCCGCCUCCACCUCCACCUCCACCACCUCCGCCUCCGCCUCCGCCUCCUCCUCCACCUCCACCACCUCCGCCUCCGCCUCAAAAACCUUACUGUGCCACUCCAUCACCACCACCACCUAAACCAAAAGUCCACCCACCGCCGCCGCCGCCUCCGCCACCACCCAAACCAAAAGUGCACCCACCUCCGCCACCUAAAAAAAAAAUCCGCCCACCGCCCCGACCGUCGCCGCCGCCGCCAUCCAUAAGCCCAAGAAUCAAAAUUGCUUACCAAACCAUAAAAGAUUUCAAACCCAGAAUUGAAGAUGACCCAUUGAACAUAACAAAUUCAUGGGUUGGAAAAGACGUUUGUAAAUACAAAGGAUUCAUCUGCGACAAAGUCCCCAAUUACAAAACCACCGCCUUGGCCGGAGUUAGCUUUAACAACUUCGGAUUCGGUGGUUCUAACCUGAUUCUCAAUGGCUUCAUCGACCGUUUGCCCGACAUUACUUUCUUCCAUGCAAACUCCAACAACUUCUCCGGCACCGUCCCCGAACUCAUCUCCGAUCUCCGAUACUUCUACGAGCUCGAUCUCAGCAACAACAAAUUCUCCGGCGCCUUCCCUAACCAAGUCCUUGACGCCGCCAAUCUCACCUUCUUGGAUAUCCGGUUCAACGACUUCUCCGGUCCCGUCCCCCCCAAGCUCUUCGAUAUGGACAUUAUCGCCGCCAUCUUCCUUAACAACAACAAGUUUAACCAUUUCAUUCCGCCCAACCUCGGCAACACCCCUGCUCGUUACCUCACUUUUACGAGCAACGAGUUUUGCGGGCCAAUCCCAAAAAGCAUCGGAAUCGGAAAGACAAAGAAAACCCUAAUCGAGGUUCUCUUCUCCGACAACAAGCUCUCCGGGUGCUUACCGAUGGAGAUCGGGGUUUUAGAGAACACAAUUCUCUUCGACGCAAGCAAGAACACCCUCACCGGCCCAAUCCCCUACUCCUUCGGCUGCUUAGCCAAAAUGGAGCUUCUCAACUUCGCCGACAACCGCCUCUACGGCGCCAUUCCGGAGAUGGUCUGCCAGUUACCCCACCUCCAAAACUUCACCCUUCGCAACAACUACUUCACCCAAGUCGGCCCCGUCUGCCGGAGCUUGAUCGUAAAAAAGAUUCUCGACGUUUCGGGGAACUGCAUUCUCGGGCUGCCGGACCAGAAAUCUAAGGAGCAAUGUACCCAUUUCUUCAGCCAUGUUCAGUACUGCCCUGAUGAGAAGUCAAUGAAGUACAUUCCUUGUAAAGGGGUUUGGUACUUGAAUGAAGAUCCGGCCGCCGCGCUCCGUCGGCCGGCGAGGAAGGCGACGGAGAUGAGAACUUACGGGGCUCUUGUCCCGCAUUAAAUUGCAUUUAUUGUGGUUUGGUCGGAAAUGUUACUUUUCUUCUUCCCUUUGUGUGUUUCAUUGUUUGUGGGUCUAAAGAGAUCAAUAAAGAUUUGAAUGUAAUAGUAACUGUCAUUUGUAUUAAACCCCAAUGUAUAAUACCAAAACUCGAGUAUGUACUUAGCUCGAGCUCGAGUUGUAUCUAUUAUAUCGACCGUUAUUACUUUGAA